AUGAUGAUCACAGCUUUAAAUCAAUGGAAGAAGGAAACUAUAUAUAAUAAAAAGUAAUUGAUAUUAUGCACCCAUCUCCAGAUAAAUAUUUCUUACAGAACAUAACUUAUUGAAGCUUUUAAUGUGUUUAAAAUUAAUCAUCCAGAAAAAUUAGAAUAAAAAUAUUUAGCUAUAAUCAGUAAUCUGAAGAUAAGAUUCAUUUGCACUUUGCAUUUAAUGCAGCAGAUCAUUUAUAAGGACACAUAUUGUCAAUAUUAAGAGAUAAUGCAUUUGUUUAAUUAAGUUAUUUAGCAAGUGGUUAAAUUCCUACACAAAAACUAACUUAAAUAUAAAUUAUAGAAAACGUAUAAAAACAAAUUAAGAUUAUAUGAUAAACAACUGAAAUUGAUAAAAUAGAAGUUAGAAAACUAUAUCUUAAGGCAACUAACUAUAUAUGAUAAGGAUAAAAGCAACAGGGCUUUAUUGACAGUAAAAUGUGGAGGUCAAAUGUGGAAAAAUUAAUUAGAUAGAAUUAAUGAAAAAAACAUAAAUUAAUGGUGA